AUGGGGGAGACGGUGGUGAUGGCGAGGAGGAGGGUGAAGGGAAAGACGAAGGACGGAGGCAGUUGGGUACUUGUAGCGCGUGGCCAAAGCGCAGUCGGGGGUGGGGCGGUGGCGAUAACGGUGGUGGUGGGCGUGGCAGUGGCGAUAAUGGCGGUGGCGGUAGGAGGUGCGGAGGUGGAGAAUUGGGCACGUCGAAUCGCCCAAGGCAGCCAGCAAAAGGGGUCGCGUGGAGCAACGCCUAGGACGGGACGUGGGUGGAGUCAGCCACAAGAGACGCAAGGAAAUAGGAAGAAUCAAGGAGGCAAACGGAACAAAACGCCGUUUUACUGGAUGGCGGUGUACGUGGGAAAGUUAUCUAGAACACAAAUCACUCGAGAGUCUGGACUUCGAGUCGAUGUCAUUGGUUACUACUGUCGCAGCCCUCGAGGCAAUGCUUGUCCACUCGCUCCGCACUCGCAUGCGACUCGCAUGCGACUCGCAUGCUACUCACCUGCGAAGAGCACCAGGCGCAUGCUGACAUGUGGUAAGGCGUCGGCGCUCGCUCGGCGGCCUGUAACAUACACAUGCACAACAUUCAGUGGUUUCAAGGAUCCCGCUUGUGAAGAACUGGAAGUUCGAAGAGGAGAAACAGAACCAGAAGGUCUUGGGGAGCUCUUAAGUGUUAACAUGUGGCCACGGCGACGUUUCAGGCGUAUUGCAACAAAGCUUUCUAAUGUGUACAAGUAGCCACCCUUACAAUAACUAUUAGCAUUUUAUUACACAAUUUGCAAGGGCACAUAGUGCUGUUGAGACUGACCGGCAGAGUCGAAGACGAAAUUACUUUCCUGGCAAAUUCUCACUUUCGUGGAUGGUAAUUUCGUUCUCGAAUGUUGACAUAAAUGCGUACCGAGAUGAACCAUUUAAGAUUAAAUGAAUAAAAACCUUGCCCCGGGUGAGGAUCGAACUCACGACCUUAAGAUUAUGAGACUUACGCGCUGCCUAC